CAGUAUAUAGAAGUUUCAAGUUCUAGCAAUGUUGGAAGUAUCCGUACUUGUGUUAAAACCAAUUAGACAUAAUGUCUAUAAACAUAUUUAGCUGCACAUAAGAAUUAAGGUAAGAAAAUAGCGCAUUGUUUGGCUGACCUGUGAAAACUUUGUGACAACAAAACAUCGAUCUGCAUGUUCAUAUAAGAGCCAGGGCCUUCGACAUGAACCAAUUAAGGUGUGUUAUUUUUAUGGAUCUGACAUUAUUCUGCCAUGGAUGAAAUAAUAAAUUCCAACCAUAAACCAUUCUUCCCACAAAAUAUGCCCUGUCAGCUUUUUAAAGCGAAAAAGCAGUUUUUAUCAGCAACAACUUUUAGUGACCAUCGGGAUGGGUGGAAUAUCCCUGGGUGUGAGGUUAACUGGUGGUAAUUGUAGUUUUAAUAUCGCUCCUUGAUUGAAUGUCUUACGCAUACACGCCCUUGCAUUUGGAAUAUAGACAGUUAAGGCUUAAUUUCACGUAAUGAUGCACUACCUUACUUUUCUAGAAACAACACCCAGGCUGAUGAGUCAGAUGUUGACAGUUGAAUAUAUGCUGUCAGUUUUGUACAUGAGUGUGUGUAACCUUCGUCUGUGGUUUUAUAUUGGUGACUUAAACUCAUAUUUUGAAUUUAUGUCUGACCAUAACAAUGAUACCGGUAAGUUGACUUUCAAAGUUUUGUUUACUUUUUUUUGUAUCUUUAAAGGGAAAUGGCAAUAUAUUUUUUUAUUUUCUCAUUUGAAAGAACUUUUGAAACUAUUUAAUAACUUCUUUUACCGAUUCUUCAUAUCUUGCUUAGUUCUUGAAAUAUUUCACUUGAAGUAACCAGAUGUCAGCCAUCUUGGAUAAAAUUUUGAUCUCAUUAACGGUAGUUUUGGUGACGUCACAACAGGGAUUAACCAUAUAAAAGUAUUCGUUUCUGACCAAAUAUUGAUUGGUAGAUGUUUUAAACGUUUCAAGUGAUCUUCCAUGGGCAUGCUGAGUAUAAUUUUGAGUGCAAAAUGAUUAGUGGUUGUCUAGAUAAAAAUAUUGCGUGACCCCUGUUGUCACGUAACAUGCAUAUCCACAAAAAUCGAAGAUGGCGGACAUUUCAUUUCUUUCGAUUAAAAUAUUUGUAGAAGUAAGCAAGAUAUGAAAAAACAGUAAAAGACUUUUAUACAUGGUUUUAAAUGUUCUUUCAAACGAGAAAAUAAAAAAAUAUAUUGCCAUUUCCCUUUAAUGAAGCCAGAUAGAAAACGAAAACAAUUCAUUUGUGCGUUCCAUCUUUUAAUGUAGUAAGCAAGUAUACCAAUUGGUUUGGUAUUAUUCAAUGCACUGGUUUUUUCUUCGCUCCCAUCACUGGUCUUGUCACGGACUGGAAACGAAAGAAGAAAGAAAAAACUGUACUUGGUUUUGUAACUGGUUAUCUUUUGACUUCAUUUGUCGCUUUAAUAUUGAAUAUUCUUGUUCUUGUUCCCAGUCUAUCUGUGCAGGUAUGAGAGCUAUGAAAGUCAAGGGAUUAAUUUAUUUAAAAACACCACUAUAAUAAAUAAUUUCAUAUACCCAAGCCACGUUCCAAGCGGCAGCCCGGGCGAAGGUACAAACUCCGCUCUGCUAUUCAAGCCAGAGAAAAGGACAGCAAGCGGAUUCAAAAGUCCGUCAAUUAUCGCCGGCUCAUGGAUGUUAUGGGGGUUGACAACCCACUCUCACUUACCUCAGAGACAUGAAUAAGCAAGCAAAAAAUAAGAAAACGUU